CAUCGAAUCCAACGCAAAUUCUUUUCAUGAAGUCGGCUGUUUUUUAUGUUUCGCCGCCGAAAUCAGCGUGAGAGUUUUACGAACUCAGCUGCUUCGAUAUAUCGUCACCGGCUUCAACAUAAAUCCGACGUAAUAGGUUAGCUUCGGAUAGAGCGUAUAGGUGAGAGGCGAGCUUGUUCCGUUUCUCUUCUUCCAUGGUGAAAAUGGCGGGCCUCGUGGGAUCGCCGUGGCUCCGAAUUAGGGUUUCUCCCGAUUUCGCUCCUCCUCUUCUCCGAUCGCGGCUCGCUUCGAAGCCCUACCUCGCCCAUCGGCGGAGGAGGUACCUCUCCGCCUCGGCUUCUUCGGCCCCGGCGCAGGGCGAGGUCCGCGUCCGCUUCGCCCCGUCGCCCACGGGGAACCUGCACGUCGGCGGUGCCAGGACGGCGCUCUUCAACUACCUCUUCGCUAGGUCCAAGGGCGGAAGAUUUAUACUGCGAAUUGAAGACACCGAUCUGGAGAGGUCUACUAGGAAGUCGGAGGAAGCAAUGUUGCAUGAUCUCUCUUGGCUUGGUCUUGAUUGGGACGAAGGUCCAGGUGUCGGUGGAGAUUACGGUCCGUAUCGACAGUCAGAGCGGAAUUUCCUUUAUAAACAAUAUGCUGAGAAGUUGUUAGAUUCCGGUGCUGUUUACCGUUGUUUUUGCUCUAAUGAGGAGCUUGAACAAAUGAAGGAAACUGCAAAGCGUCUGCAGCUGCCUCCAGUAUAUACAGGAAAGUGGGCAACUGCUCCAGAAAAAGAAAUAGAGGAGGAGUUGGUGAAAGGAACGCCCUAUACUUACCGCUUUCGCGUGCCUGAGGAGGGGACACUGAAAAUCAAUGACCUUAUUCGUGGAGAAGUCAGUUGGAGCUUAGACACACUUGGUGAUUUUGUCAUCAUGAGAAGCAAUGGUCAACCUGUGUACAAUUUCUGUGUCACUGUUGAUGAUGCUACAAUGCGUAUAUCGCAUGUUAUUAGAGCAGAGGAGCAUUUACCAAACACCUUGCGACAAGCACUCAUUUACAAUGCACUUGGAUUUCCAGUGCCUUCUUUUGCACAUGUUUCCCUAAUUCUUGCUCCAGAUAGAAGUAAAUUAUCAAAGCGCCAUGGUGCAACUUCAGUAGGGCAGUUCAGAGAAAUGGGAUACCUGCCUCAAGCGAUGGUAAACUAUUUAGCUCUUUUGGGUUGGGGUGAUGGCACAGAAAAUGAAUUCUUCACCAUUGAUCAGCUUGUUGAAAAGUUUUCCAUAGAUCGUGUCAAUAAAAGUGGGGCAAUCUUUGAUCCUACAAAGCUAAGAUGGAUGAAUGGGCAGCAUUUAAGAUCCCUUCCUUUGGACGAACUGAUCGAGAUUUUUGGAGAUCAGUGGAAGCGCACUGGCAUUCUCGUCGAGUCUGAAGGCACUUUUGUCAAGGAUGCGACUGAACUGUUGAAGGAUGGGAUAGACUUGAUUACAGAUGCAGAUACAGCCUUGUCUAAUUUGCUAUCUUAUCCAGUCCUCUCUACUUUAAGCAGUGAUGAAGGUAAACCCAUUGUGCAAGAUAAGCUUUCCGAGGUGGCCGCCAGUUUGAUUUCUGCUUAUGAUAGUGGAGAGCUCCGUGAAGCACUGGAGGAAGGGCAUGCUGGUUGGCAAAAAUGGGUGAAGAGCUUUGGCAAGUUACUCAAGCGUAAGGGAAAAUCUCUAUUUAUGCCUCUUCGAGUAUUACUAACGGGGAAGCUUCAUGGCCCAGAUAUGGGGGGAAGUAUUGUUCUGAUUUAUAAAGCUGGUAUCUGCGGAGCAGUUAAUCCGCAAUCAGGUUUUGUACCUUUGGAUGAGAGACUCAAAAUUUUAAGGGAGAUUGACUGGGACGCAUUGAACAAGGGACCAGAUCCGCAACCCGAAUCUGUCGCAACCGUCGCUCAUUAAAUGUUUGUUUAACUAAUAUUUUAUUUUAUUUUAUUUUUCCUAUUCCUGAGGGCUUUUUGUUGUUUCUACUCACACAGCUAAAAUUCUGAGAGAAAAAGCCGUUGGUUGUAACAUCCAGCUUUUUGUGUGUAGUGAAUGUAGCAAUCUGAGUAGUGCAUCAUCUGUACCCUCUUUUGAUUUUGUUUCGGUGAUCUCUCUCUCAAUCAACUCAUGACCCUGUUUUUGAUUAAAUUUGGGUGAUCUCUCUCUCAA